AUGGUGUUUGGAACUCUAGCGUUAGUAACUGGAGCUGGGAGUGGAAUUGGUCGUGCAGUAUGCCGAUUAUUAUCGAAACAAGGCGCAACCAUUAUCGCGGCAGAUCGCAAACUCGGCGAUGCUGAGGACACAGUAAAUUCGCUCAAAAGUACGGAUGCCAUUGCCUUGCCCGUGGAUGUCGCGCGGAGUAUUUCCGUCAUACAAUUACUCGAUGCAACAGUUAAUAAGUACAAGCGCCCCCCGACUGUGGUUGUUAAUUCAGCCGGCAUCAUCCGAGAUCAGUAUUUGAUGAAAAUGAGUGAACCGGAUUUCGAUGUUGUCAUGGAUGUCAAUUUGAAAGGCACUUUUUUGAUGAUGCAGUAUUUCGCGAGAGCUAUGGUCGAUUAUAAGUUGCAAGGGUCAAUUGUGAAUUUGUCGUCGAGUGUUACGAAAACUGGACCGAUUGGGCAGUCGAAUUAUGCCGCAUCCAAAGCCGGCGUCGAAGCUCUAACCCGUGUCGGCGCAAAAGAAUUUGCCAAAUUCAAUAUUCGCUGCAACGUAGUGAUCCCCGGAUUUAUCGAUACCCCCAUCAUUCGCGAUGCCCCCGAAGAAGCCAAAAAGGCAUUCUUAGAACAUUGCGCCCUAAAACGCUUCGGAACACCCGAAGAAGUCGCCGAAGUAAUUGCAUUUAUCGUGUCUGACAAAGCCAGUUACAUAAAUGGAGCAAGCAUCGAGGUCAAUGGUGGCUAA